AGUUUCUUUUGUUCUUUAAUAUUUUUUAUUCACAGUUUUUGCUUUUCUUAUUUAGAGAGACAAAGAGACAGAGGUGAAGAAGUAGGUCAGAGAGGGAGAGAGGAGAGAGAGAGUAGAUCUGAGAGGAAGGUGUGAAGCUGUGCGGAAAUGGCGUCGAAGCUGCUUUUGAUUACAGUCUUCAUCUUAGACGUCAUUGCUUUUGGUCUCGCCGUUGCAGCUGAGCAGAGAAGAAGCAAAGGGUGGGUUGUUACAGACAAUGAAAAGAACUACGAUUACUGCCAAUAUGGCUCAGACAUUGCAACUGGAUAUGGGGUUGGAGCAUUUUUAUUCCUCAUGCUAAGUCAGGUCCUCAUUAUGAUCGCAAGCCGAUGCUUCUGCUGUGGAAAACCAUUGAGCCCUGGAGGGUCAAGGGCCUGGGCAGUUGUCCUUUUCAUAGUCUGCUGGGUAUUUUUCCUCAUUGCUGAAGUGUGCUUGUUGGCGGGUUCAGUGAGGAAUGCCUACCAUACCAAGUACAGGACCAUGUUCAGCAUUGAUAACCCUCCCUCUUGUGAGACCGUGAGAAAAGGAGUUUUUGCUGCUGGCGCAGCCUUCGUCUUCUUCACCGCAAUAGUCUCGGAGUUCUACUACGUUUGCUAUUCCAGCGCCAGAGACAGAUUCCAGCCGUACGGUGGUGGAGAAACCGGUGUUGGUAUGGGAACCUACAAAUAGCUUCUUCAUCUAUGUGAUCAUAGUGACCUCCAUUCAAUCGUUCACUUUGUUUUAGAUGUGACUGUCUGAACUCCCGUGCAUCGAUUUUUUGUCCACUCCAUCACUUCCAUAUUUGAGUUUCAUUUCUUGGAUGAAGGGUUUGGUUUGACUGGUAAUAGUCUGUUUUAUAGGUGGUCUUCUAUAAUUUCUUCAUUUGAAGUUUAUAUCAAACAAAUUUGUCCUCAUUUGUUAUACACCUAUAUUUGUAAUAAUAGAAGCUUAAUAGGAAACUAUUGUUUGUGUAGUGUUGAUC